AUGGUGGUAACUUUUAAAGCAUAUUUCCCGACGUCGGGGCCUGCCGCGCAGCACUCUGGGAAGGGGGUCCCCGGCGCCCACUCUGCGCAGGCGCAGGAUCAGUCCCGCCCCCCCGCGCCCUCGUCCGCCCUCUUGGCUCGAAAGGAACGCCUCAGCGUUCUUAGGUCUGCGCAGGAGCGGUGGCCGCGCACCUGGACGGACCUCCCUGAAACCCGGAGCUGCCAGUACCUGCCUGAAACCUUGGGAGCACUUAUUCAGAGGGAUCAGUGCUCAGAUCUCUCUAGUGACUGUGAAGUGAACGUGGGCAGAAUCUCACCAGGUGAACCUUCACAGGCCUCUACUCUCUUCGAGGAGCAGCAGAAAAUGAACAUGGCUCAGGGAUCCGUGUCAUUCGAGGACGUGACCGUGGAGCUCACCCGGGAGGAGUGGCAGCAGAUGGGCCCCAGGGAGCGGAGCCUGUACAGGGAUGUGACGCUGGAGAACUACGGCCACCUCGUCGCAGUGGGGUGUUGCAUUACCAAACCCAAGGUUAUCCUCAAGUUGGAGGAAGGAGAAGAACCAUGGUCCCUAGAAGUCACAUUCCUAAACCGGAAGUACCCUGGUUUGAAUUCAAAUAUUCAGACAUUAAAGUCUAGCCUGAGAGCACAG